AACCAAGCUUCAAAAAUGAUUUCCCUAAUUGUAUAUAGUUUUAUAUUUUAUAUUGUCGCAGCUGAGCGUAAUUUAAAGGUUGUAAAGUACGAGAACUCCGUGGACACCAUUGUGAAGGACCUUAUCGACAACUGGCAGUCGCCACUUGUUUACCUAAAAGAUCGCGGCUACCUACCCAAGGAGCUACAAAUCGCUCCCGAACUGGAUUUACAGCAGCUGCAAGCGAAUUCAGGCCCAGAACUGUCAAUAAACGAAUUACUACGGCUCAACAAGGAAUCCAAAAGGGAAGUAGAGGCCAAAAACAACGUAAAUGCAGAUGGAAAAUUGGAUGAACGGUCUUCCCGUUCCCUUCACGAUCCCAAAGAUCUUGAGCUGAAGAGGAUGUUCCAGACACUGUUCUCCACCAACGACCAGGCGGCCUCUGAGGAGAUUCAAUCGAAACUGGGUGUGUCCUGGGACAUGAAUGCUCUGAAAUCUUCUGCCCGUUUGGGGGCCAAGAAAUAUCUGGAGAAGUUUAACAGCAAGCGUAAUCAGGGAAUAUCCCUUUUAACAAAUGAAGCUCCAGAUGCCCCAAUUUCUGGAGAAGCAUCUAUAAUACCAGCCCAUAUCUUGGAUAAGAAAAGCAACGAAGCCGUGGAUAAGUCCGGCUACAACAGACCAAACUACCUGAACGGGGUGGCUAAGAUUCUGGGCAAUCCAGAAAUAAGGUACAAGGAUUGGGACUCAAAGCCUGCCCAGGAAAUAAGACCAAAAGCCAUGAGCAAGGAGAAUUGAAUGGUUGAUUAAAUGUUCUUGUAGUUCCGAAAUGGGCUAACCAAAGCACAAUUAAUUAGUUGGGGGAG